CUGGGCAAAACCUUUUUUUUUUCCUCUGAGGGCGCAACACAAAAAAGCCCCACAACGAGGCCGGACUUGACUUUUUGCGAUCGGGGGUCUCGUAAUGUGCGGACAUUCAGGCUUCGACACCGCAUCCCGCCGUCGAAAUGUUGUUGCGUUUGUUUGGCUGCGUCGACUUCGUGGCUGCGGUGGCGACUGUUUGUGCAGCAGUUUUCCUGGCGAAGAGCUGCGUUUGUGGCACCGGGGAGGACGAUGAGGUCCUGGACAGGGGGCAGCUCAUGGACUACUACAAAAAGGGCCUGUUUAUCCUGGAGAGCGAACCGCUGAAGCGCUGCAUCACGGUGGACCGCUCCAGCCUGGUCCUGGACGACUGCGAGCGGCCCACGCGCCGCAUGCUGUGGAAGUGGGUCUCCCAGCAUCGCCUCUUCAACCUGGGCACCAGCACGUGCCUGGGCCUCAACAUCUCCAACGCCACGCAGCCUCUGGGCACAUUCGAGUGUGACACGUCCUUCCCUGUGCUGUGGUGGCGCUGCAGCGGGAACAUGCUGCACAGCGCGUCCCAGUGGAAGGUGGCCGUCGCCGGGCGCCUGGUGGUGGUGAAGAAAAACUCCUACCAUGGCUGGAAGCGGCACAACACCCCCAGGGAGGGCCCCUGCUCGUACCCAUAUGAAGAUAUCCACACUUUGCUGGGAAACGCGCACGGCAUGCCCUGUGCUCUGCCUUUCAAGUACAACAACAAGUGGUACUCUGAGUGCACCACCGAGGGCCUCGAGGACCGUCUACAGUGGUGUGCCACCACCGCCCGCUAUGAUGAGAGUGAAAGAUGGGGCUUCUGUCCGGUGCAAGAUUCCAGCUGUGAGCGCUUCUGGGAGUCGAACCAGGAGAUGGCUGCCUGCUACCAGUUCAACCUGUACACCAUCCUAACGUGGAGCCAGGCGCUGUCCACCUGCCGGGCCCAGGGGGGAAACCUGCUCAGCAUCAGCAGCCUGGCGGAGCACAGGUACAUCAGAGAUCGACUGGCGAGCGUUGGCGUGAUGGUGUGGAUUGGGCUGAACCACCUGAAGGACGGGCGGGGCUGGCAGUGGUCUGACGGAGCCCCUCUGUCACUGGUCAACUUCACAGCAGCCCUUCCUGCCAGUGCGCUGCAGGACAACAGGCAGUGUGGCGUCUACAACUCAGCCUUUGACGGCCUUUGGCAAAGUCUGUCCUGCGAGUCUGCUCUGCCUUACAUCUGCAAGAAGACACCCAACAACACCUGGCGAGCGGAACCGUUAGAGAACUGGCAGCACAUCCACACAGACUGUGCUUUAGGCUGGUGGCCCCAUAAUGGCUUCUGCUACCGCGUGCUGUCAGACACAGAAGCUGGGAGCUGGGAGGAGUCUUCUCGGGCCUGUGGCUCCCAGGAGGCAAACCUCACCAGCAUUCACUCUCUGUCUGAGGUCGAAGCGCUGCUCAGUCUCCUGACUAACAGUUCUGGGGACAGUGCAGAGGUGUGGAUCGGGCUUUGGAAGCAGGCGUCAUCGCCGUCUGUGGAGUGGUCUGACGGAUCCUCCGUGACUCUGACACUCUGGCACCAGUACCAGCCUCCUCACAACCUGACAGACGCAACCUUGUGCGCCAAAGCGGACAGGAAGGACGGGACCUGGCUGUUAGUGUCAUGUGAUCAACGGCUGCCUGCUGUGUGUAGGAGACCAAGCCACAACCCCAUCCAGCCCCUUGGAGCCUGGGAUGAGGGCUGCCCUGAGGGCUGGAAGCGGCACGGCCGCUCCUGCUACACAGUGACCAGCCACGAGCAGAGCCACGAGGACGCAGGCAUGGGCUAUUACUGCAAAGCUCCUCUUCUUACCAUAGAAAACAGGUUUGAGCAGGCCUUCGUCAACAGUUUGCUUAGUGCGAGUGGGGCCAACAGCAGCAUGUAUUACUGGAUCAGCCUCACGGAUCAGGGGAAGAGGGGAGAGUAUGGCUGGCUGCCACACAAUGGGUCCUCCCCCCCACUCUCCUUCACAAACUGGAACAAGCACCAGCCAGUCAGUUCUGGUGGGUGCGUUGCUAUGUCUGGGGGACCUGCUCUGGGUCACUGGGAGGUGAAAGACUGCAGGUCCUUCAGGGCUUUGUCAGUGUGCAAGCAAAGCAUCAGCGGUCACCACGAUGUCCAGCUGCCGGAGCACCACAUAGAUGCCUACGCCCCCUGUCCCCCAGGGUGGGAGUCCCACUCCGGCCUGAUUCACUGUUUUAAGGUGUUCCACGAUGAGAAGGUCCUGAUGAAGCGCUCGUGGGUGGAGGCAGACUUCUUCUGCCAGGCCCUGGGCGCUCAGCUGGCCAGUUUCCACCACUAUGAGGAGCAGGUGUUUGUUAAGCAGCUCCUCAGUACAAUGUUUGAAGGAACAGAGGGUCGCUGGUUCUGGGUGGGUCUGAAUAAGAGAGACCCUGAGCAUCUGGGAUCCUGGGAGUGGUCCGACGGCUCUCCUGUGGUGACGUCCUUCAUAGAGAAUAAGAACGAGGAAGACGACAGGAGGGACUGCGCCGUGUUCAGCGAGAUGACCAACGCCGUCGGUCCGUUGGUGCCGCAGCCCUGCGACAGCAAACACGAGUGGAUCUGCAAGUUAUCCAGAGGUGAUACGUUAAAGAAACCCUACUGGUACACAGAGCAGAGCGAGGCCUGGGUGUUCUACCGCGGAGCUGAGUACCUGCUGGUGAAGAAGCCCUUCGACUGGGACUCCGUCUCUCUGGCCUGUCAGAUGAUGGGCGCCUACCUGCUGUCCAUUCACUCCAAGGAGGAGCUGCACUUCGUGAAGGAUCGCUUGCGCCGGCUCUCCCUCGGCCCAACUGAUUGGUGGAUUGGUUUGCCCAUUGGCCAGCUGGGAGAGGAGGUCAGGUGGAGCGAUAAGACAGAGGUGAACUUCCAGAACUGGGCAGAAGGCGUUGUAGCCAGAACCAGAAAGAACCGCGUGUGUGUCACCAUGUCCUCGUCCUCAGGGAAAUGGUCGACCAGCAGAUGCAGUGACCUCCAUGGCUACGUGUGCAAGAGGAAGACCGUGUCUGUGCUGGAGACGCCCAGGGAGCCGCACUACAUCGGAGGAUGCCCAGAGAAAUGGCUGUACUUUGGACACAAGUGUCUGCUGCUUCACCUCCCUGACAGUCCAAAGGAGGGAAAGAGUUGGACCGAUGCCCAGUCCAUCUGUGCCGCCUUUGAAGGCUCGCUGGUGGCUGUAGAGGAUGAGAUUGAACAAGCCUACAUCACAAUGCUGCUCCAGGGCACCUCCGUGGGCGUGUGGAUCGGUCUGCGGGACGAAGACACGAUGAAAUGGAGCAAUGGGAAAUCAGUCAGCUACACCAACUGGUCUCCAACAGACCCUAAGAGAUACCUCACUGAGGACGAGUGGCUCAGCGGAGCAGCCGAUGAGCCGCUGUGUACGGUUCUGUCCAACAACCACAACUUCCACCUCACGGGGAAGUGGUACGAUGAGAAGUGCAGCGAGAGCGGGUACGGCUUUGUCUGUCAGAAACCCCAAGAUAUUUCCAAACCUCCCACCCACUCCUAUCACCACCCGCUUCCUGACAAUAUUGAAUACAGAAGCAGCAGCUACAAGGUUGUGUCAGGCAACAUGAGCUGGUACGACGCCAUGCAUAUGUGCAUAGAGAAUGAUUCUGACCUAGUGAGCGUUACAGAUGCCUACCACCAGGCUUUCCUUACUGUCCUUGUCAACAGAUUGGCAGUCCCCCACUGGAUCGGACUGUAUAGUCAAGACAGCGGCUUCAAUUACCAUUGGUCAGACGGCAGCGACACGGUGUACACACACUGGGACGCAGCGGACGACGAUGACGACUUGGGGGAAUGUGUCUACAUGGAUGUGAACGGAGGCUGGCGGAGAGCGGACUGUGAAAGCCCGCUCCCAGGAGCCCUGUGUCAUGUCCCCUCCCCGCGGAAUAAACCAUUCGUUUCGUACGAGGUAGCGUGUCCCUCGACGUGGAUCAAAUUUGGACAGAACUGUUAUAACUUUGAGCCAGUGGUGCAGAAACUGACGUUUGAAGAGUCGAGAGAGCACUGCAGACAGAAAGUCAACACGUCAGACGUCCUGACCAUUGAGAGUGAGACGGAGAACCGCUUUGUUCUGGAGCAGCUGUGGUCGUCAGGGUUCCUCCACCGGACUGUGUGGUUGGGGAUGUACUUCAACACCGACACUGAUUCCAUGGCCUGGGUGGAUGGUUCACCUAUGGACUACACCAGCUGGCCCAGCAAAGCCCCAGACUCCCAGCUGCUGACUGCAGAUGUCUGUGUUACUACCAGGGUGAUUGACGGUGUGUGGCACCUGUCAGAGUGCACCGAGCAGCUUGGCUUUGUCUGUAAAACCAUCACAGAUGCAAUAGCUGACGUGAAGGUGGAACCACUAAAUGAUGUCCAUUAUAGUGUCACUUCCGCUGCAGUGCUGGUGGCGCUGCUGAUCUUUGCUCUGCUGGUAGGAGCCAUGUGCUUUGUGUACAAGAGGAGAGUCAUUUGUUUUCGCCGUGUCCCUACUAUUGGCAGCGCUUAUUAUAGACAAACCAGCUCACAGGCUACAGAGUCUGAUGGAAACGUGCUGAUCACAGACCUGGAGGCUCACUCAGGAGAAUAGAACUCAGUGACUCGGAUCUUAACAGAGUUUAACGGAAAAUAUGUCUUUCCUAAACAUUAGAAGGUCUUUGAGGAAUCCCCAUUGCUAUUUACAGUGCAGUCACACAAACAGGACAAUUAAGUAUUGCAUAGUAUUCAAAUUUACAAUACAAUACAAUUACAACACAACUUGUGUCAAAAAAGGGAUGAUAGAGAAUGUAACUCUUGGAUUUAAAUUUUAUUAAAAUUGGUAAGCACUGUAUGGGGAAAUAAUUUGGUUAAUAAGUGGUCAGAUGUGAUUUAAAUAAGUUAAUAUCUGCAUGUGAGGAUCAAAAUUCAGCGUAAAUUUUCAUAAGCAAGCACAGAAAACAGAAAUAUGAUAGUGUGGUAUUGUAUUUUUCAUACACAAUCCAAGAGCUGUACACAUGGUACUGCAAUUUUGUCAGUAUUACUUUGUAUUUUUGUAUUUUAUUUUAUUUUUAAGUGUAGAUUAUAUGUAUUGAUUCAGAAACGUGAUGCAAACAUAAACACAAAUCGUGCACAACUGUGUUUCAGAAAAUGAAAAUAAAUGUACAUACGUUUCAUGCAGCCUAAUGCAUGAACUUUUUGACUGUCUUGCCUUGUACGAGCUUCCAAAACACUUUUGCAACAAUAAAACCCAUUCUUUAUGACAAAUUCUAA